AUGACGCAGACGUCACUGGACAAGGACAAGGUGUUCGAGGGGUUGAGGAACCUGUACAUCAAGAGGGUCAAACCGUUGGAGGAAGCGUCGUGGUACUCGUUCUUCUCCAAGGGAUCGACGCUGGAGGCUUCAGACUUUGAUGCUAAACCCAUCGUCCUCCUUCUCGGCCAGUACUCGGUCGGCAAGACCUCUUUCAUCCGUGCGCUCCUUGGAAAGGACUUCCCUGGAAUGCGCAUCGGGCCGGAGCCGACGACAGAUCAGUUUGUUGCCGUCAUGGCGGGCAACGACGAGCGGGUCAUCCCUGGACAUGCGCUGUCGAUGCAGAAGGACUCUCCCUUCCAUGGCCUCGCUGAGUUUGGCAACGCCUUCCUCUCCCGCUUCUGCGGGGCGACGAGCACUGCGCCGCUGCUGCGCAACAUCACGCUGAUCGACACGCCGGGUGUGCUGUCGAACAAGAAGCACAGGGAGGGGAGGGAGUACGAGUUUUCCUCCAUCAUCGAAUGGUUUGCUUCUCGAGCAGACCUGAUCAUCGUCAUGUUCGAUGCUCACAAGCUCGACAUCUCCGACGAGCUUCAGUCCAUCCUCGACAAGCUGCGGGGCCACCAAGACAAGAUCCGCAUCCUGCUCAACAAAGUCCAGCAGAUUGACACCCAGCAGCUUCUCCGCGUCUACGGAGCUCUCAUGUGGUCGCUCGGGGAGGUGCUGAGAACGCCGGAGGUGCCACGAGUGUUCAUGGGCUCGUUCUGGGACGAGGAGGAGAGCACCGCAACAGCCGAGUGGGUCAACAGCAACGCGCAUGCGCUGCUGCUGCAGCGGGAGAAGGCAGACUUGGUACAGGAGCUGGUGGCUCUGCCGCAGAACACGAUCCUCCGUCGGGUGAGCUCGCUGGUGCGGCGAGCUCGGUCGGUGAAGGUGCACGCGUUCAUCGUGCACUACCUGAGGAAGCAGAUCGCUGGGUGGGCGACGGUGACGGUGUGGAACAAGGCGGAGAAGCAGAAGGACUUGAUAGACGCGCUGGAUCGCAACUUCGUGCUUGCUGCUCAGAGGUACAACCUUCCACUAGGUGACUUUCCCAAUUGUGAGAGGAUGAAGACAAAACUGAGGGAAAUCAAGGACCUUCGCGAGAUCCCUCGACUGAACAAGAAUCUGGGAAGAAGCAAGACAGUAGAUGGGGGGGUGGGAGCAGGGGCAGGGGCAGGGGCAGGGGCAGGGGCAGGGGCAGGGGCAAGAGCCAGGGGGGGUUAG